UUGUUUUUGCUUUGCUGCUCCUGGAGAAAGACCAGGAGGGUGGGAAGUCCUUGACCUUGACUGACCUCCUCACUGGAUUCUUUCUUUUCGGAUGCCCCACCAUGACCCCAUGACCCCCUGACCCCCGACCACAUUCCGGAAGCGUGUGAUCUCAGAUGGUUUGCAAGCGUUCCAUCUUCUUCCUGUACAGUGGUGCAUUCAGGGACACUCGGACGUCAGAGUGUUGGCCCAAGACGGUCAGAUGCGAUUGGCCAAUGAAAACCUUCUGAGGUCUACCGAGCCCCAACCCAUUCAACCAAAACACUACAUUUUCUGUCUGGAUGAAUCACUUCCUGUUUGCUGCCCUGCCUCCAGCACCCCAUUCAGCCCCCAUCUGAGUCGUCAAGGCAACCAAGUGAAAAUCAUUGACUUUUAAUGUUUUUAAUUUCUACUUUUUCAUAAGCGUAUAUUCUUUUUUUAAACAUCUGUUACGUCGUCCCUGCCCCUAAUUCCGCCCCUCCACCUGGCAAUGACAUCAUCAGCUGCCUUGAAACUGGACUCGACCUUACGCGCGCCUCUUGUGAGCAGCAAGCCACGCCUCCGCUUCCUGUGUGGGCGGGCUUUGUGAUCUAGUGGACGUUUUGAUUUGAGCAGGCUUGUUGUGGAAAAAAGAAACGUGUGAUUGACAGACGGCGUUGCCACGGUAACCUUCCUGUUUUUAGUUGAUGACGCUGAUAGUUGAUUUUUGUAUUUUACUAAGAAAAAGGAAAAAAGUGAUUUGAUGUAUUUGCAUGCACUCCGGCCGUACGUUGUUUGUUGCGUAUGUUUGAGCACUGUAUAGUUGUGUAUAGUAGCUUAGCACCAACGCCGCUGGAUGGGGGGAGGACAAACCACAAGCGACUCAUUUGGUGUCAUUACUGAUAUGGGAUCCUUAUUUUCUGACUUCUUUCUUUUCAUAAAUAAACACAUUAAGUGACACGCUGCCUGGACCGUCAUUGACCCCUGACCUCAGUGAAAACAUGACAAACUUUCUUCUUUCAUUCGACACACAAUCAGCUUUUAUUCUGAAAUUCCACCUGCAGCGGUUCGGCAAGCCGUGCCAUCCGGCCUAUUGUGGGUCCCGGUUCCGGUCUACAUGACGUUGCAGAUCCUGGACUGGCCCACGUCCUCCAGGCUGCUCUUGUCUCGGACCAGAACCGCCUGGUUCCCGUAGCUGCUGUACCAGGCAGACUGGCUGCGGCUCAGGUACGAGGACGGAGGCGCCGCCGCCUGCUGCUGCCACACCAGCAGAGACGUGUCCCGGUACCGUACCCGGCAGAACGCUUCAGACAGGGCCUUCUCUGACAGGGGGGGCCGAAUGGCGGGACCAGGACCGGCACCGGCUGGUGCGGCGGCCUUUACUGCGGCAUGACCUGAGUCGGCCAUGUUGCAUCCUCCGACAGCUCACACGUCAUCAUCCUGGAGGAGAGCAUCCCUGCUGCGACUCGAGUGCUGAGUAGAACCUGUUGGAGGAGAAGCAGGUCAGAGUCUGAGUGCACCACAGCAGCACCUUGGCUAACCUAAUCUGCACCAUCUAGUGCUUCUUGCUCUGAAGAGACCAUGACUUGAUGGGCCGCCUGCAGGGUCGGUUACCAUGGUAACGCAACUACUCGUCUCAUGCUAACAGCUAAGCUAACUGCUGACCGACGCAAGUAGUAAUAUUUUUAAAAGUGAGCUAAUCCUGCAGAACUGUGUUCGAGAAAAAAACAAAGCCAUUACCCGGAUGUGACGUCACGAUCCCGCCUGCCUAGCUUCUAACGCUUUUUAAGAGUCGAUGUGAAACGUAAGCAUGUUUACUGCUAGCAGCCUGCAACUGCGCGUCUGCUUGGAUGUUCGGGUAGAAACACAACAUGACGGUAAAGGUUCCUUUUUUCCCCAGACACCACCUUGUCAGUAAAUUAUGGACAACUGCUGUAUGUUGUUCAUGUUUGUGAGUUCCACCUUUCACCCUGGAUUUAAUUUGUUGCAACACCCGCCUUCUUUCCAAAUAUUAUUUCAUUUCCAUUCCUAAAAGACAAUUGGAUACACACACACACACACACAUAUGUAACCACAUGUUAUCAGCCACAACAUUGAACGCCAUUCAAUUGCCGUGAACAAACUAAAGAAAAUAAACAUGGCUUCCGCGCAGUGUAGGCGGCGGCCUUCAGGGGGCACACACCAACUGCAGCUGCUCAGACGCCAUAGAAGAAGAACUGGAAACUGAAAAAAAACAAGAAGACGAAGUAGAAGAUCUUUUGGAACCCAAACUUCAAAUACAACCUCGAUGGCGACCGAUCGACUGGUGAACGUUUAUUUGGACCUCCUUUCUCAACCUUGCUGGGCCGUCCACAUCCUCCUCAAUGCCGCCAAAAUCCCACACCAAGUCCACACUGUGGCGCUCAGGAGAACAGCAGAGUGCACACUUCACCAAGUUGAACCCCAUGCAGAAAGUUCCCGUCUUGAAGGACGACGGCUUUGUGCUCACUGAGAGUGAUGCCAUACUGAAGUACUUGUGCAGGAAGUACGCGGUGGCGGAGCACUGGUAUCCACAACAACCAGAGAGACGAGCGCGAGUGGACGAGUACACGGCGUGGCAUCACACCAACACGCGACCUCACGCCGCCAAAGUCUUCUUACUGGAGGUUCUGUUCCCGACCCGGUCGGGUUCGGCGGUGGACGAGGCUGGUUUGGCUCGUGCAGUGUCUCAGCUGGACGAGCCCAUGUUUCUGCGGAAGCAGGCUUUUUUGUGCGGCGACGACAUCACGCUGGCCGACCUGCGAGCUCAUGCAGCCUCUAGGUGGCAGCAGACACGUCCUGCGGGGACGUCCCCAGCUGCAGCGUUGGAGGACACGGGUCCAGUCGGCGCUGGGCGACCCCUUCCACGACUCCCACGCCGUCCUGUAUGCCAUCAGAGACUGCCGCAAGGCCAAGCUGUGACCCAGCCCAUGCUAAUGUGAUUGACAGCGCCACCUGUAAGCUGUUGCCACGACAACAAGAAGCUCAUAAAACAAGAGUGAAAAAAUAAAAGUCUUUAUUAGAGAAAAAGUUGGUGAUGUCACAUCACGGCAGGACGGCGGGUGGAGCGUGCUUGGCUGGGUGCUCGCACUCGUCGUCUUCCCGCCUCCGUUUCCUCGAGGAGCCCGGCUCCGCCUCCUGUAUCGGUUACAG